CCGCGCGCCGGACCCUAACGGCCACCAACCGCCGCGCUCCCCUCAGCGCCGGGCGGGCGCCUGACGGUCGGACUCACCGAGGCGCAGGGGCUGGAGGUGGCGCUGGGGUUUCAGCCUGGUGCUCCCAAGUCCGUGGGAAUUUUGACAAGGAGGUAAUUAGGAUCGAGAAAUGUCUUGGGCAUCUAACGACAGCACUACGUACGAUUCUCACAUCUGGUUAAUACAGUCCUCAGUUCAGCUGGUAAUGGACUUGCGACAGUUCUGGAGUUCGUGAACCUUGAAUCUGAAGUCAUGUGAUGCAAUGAUCUAAGUUCAGUACAGAAGAGUCUGUUGGGCUGCCAAAGCCAAAAGACAACCUACAGCAAUUCCGAGUCGUGGAAGAGACAUAGCAACCUUUGGGAUUAUUGCUUAGCAACUGCAAAUACACAGAGGAGUAAAACUCACAGCCCGGCUCCACAGCAGUGAUUGAAGUAUGGCUGCUCAGCCAGAAGCAGCAGCCCAAACUGCAGGUCUAAAACAUCCCAAACUUGGAGGUAAGAAUUUGACUGCCACAGAAAUGAGGAGAAACCAGGGGAAUGAUGAGCUGCCAUGUCUUAGUAAUUAUACUCUGUGGAAAGAGUGUUUUUAUGAAAAAGUACAGCAGAGGUGUCUGAGUCUGCAGGAUACAAAGGUGAAGAUGAUUCGUGCACAAAAGGCAAAAGAAGAAAAGGUAAAGAAGAGGGAACCCUGUGACUGGCUGUCCAAAGAGUGGUUCAGUGAAGAGAAAGAGUCACUAGAUACACGCAUCUAUUUGCUUGACAAACUCCUACCUACAUUAAUCCCAGGAAUGGAAAAACUGUUAAUGGAAGUGGAAAGAAAGAAUGUGCUUGCACCAGACAAAGAACCAACCAAAUUUAAUCCCAUUUGUUUUCUUGGAGAAUAUCUGAUGAGACAUAAUCCUCAGUAUAGUAUUUCUACAAAACCAAGCCCAUACCUGAGAGGAAUGAAGAUGGUCACAGAGGAGCUAAAAACUGAGAUGCCAGGUACAACAUCAGAGAGGCUGGCCAGGAUGAAGGUGGAGGCAAAGAACAAACGUAAGGACAGGGAGCAGGUGGACAAUAUGAAGUCUCAGGUGAAAGAGAUGAGAAAGGAGGUGCUGGCAAUUCAGUUCAAAGAGUGGACAGUGGAUGUCAGUGGCAGAAUACCGGUUGCACUGGUUCAGAGUGCCCUGAGGUCUUUUCCAGAUGUCAUUGCUUCUGCUCCCAUAGAUGUGAAAAAAGCAAUCUGUGACAGGAAGCUGGAAAUCGUAGAGACAUUGGAAAAAAAAGUAAACAUAGAUGAAUUCACAGAGUAUGUCCAUUCCUACACUGAACAUUUUUCAAAUGACAUGUUCCAAGAAAUCCUGAAGCAUCUUGGUCAGUGUGCUGAUGACUUCCAAGAAGCAGUAAGACAUGAUACAUGGAGGCAAAUGUUUGCUGAUCUCUUCCUAGAUUGUGAUUAUGGAAAGGUUGGUCUCUUAGACAGACGAAAAAUACUUGCCCUGCUGAUAGACUUCUAUGACAGAAGCCCCGUGAUUGCUAAGAGGGGAUUCUGUAACCCAAGACAGUGGCCAAUAAUUGAGCUGCAAGAGACUGAGCUUGUGGAUUUAUGGGGAGGCCUUGAUGACCAGGAAGUUUGUGAGGAACUCAGUGAGAAGUUAGUCUUGUCACAAACAGGAAUUUUUGAGGGAGAGAUUUUAGCAUCUGAACCUGUAGGUGAUAAUAGACAAGGCACAUAUGGAAUGAGAACUAGUGUCAGAGAAGGUCUUUUUGAACAAAAGGGCAUAAGUGAAGCUGAGACUGGAGGAAUUUCUAAAGAAGAAAACCAAGCAGCAGAAUCAAGUGGUGCUGAGUUGAGAAAGGAAGGUGAGGACGCUGCGUCAGCAGUGAAAAGCACUGAUUUUGAAGCUAGUGAUUUGGAUGGAGAUACCAUACAUAGGGAGAAAUCCACUUUCCAUGAAGAUAUCAAAACUGAGAGGCAAACCGAGUCUGCAAGUGCAGACAGACAGGAGGAAGCUUUCCCAGGAUCCGCCUCUACUGGGUACAGUCUCAGUAGAGAUGGAGAACCUGGAUCUGAAAAACAGGUAGAGGAAGAGGAAUUUAGCCCGGGUAGAGAGCCUGACACAGAAACAAAUAGGGAAGAAGAUUAUCGUAUCUUGAAUGGAGAACCUGGCUCAGAAGAGCAAGUUUGUCAGAAGGAGGACAAUGGGAUCACAGAAGCAACCAACACAAUUUCAGGACCAACACCUGAAGCUAUAACCACAACCUCAGAAGACAGAGCUGUGGCAGACAUGGACAUCAUUGCUUCAAAACAGGAUGGUCCAGUUGCAGAGGUUGUGAAAGAAACUCCUGCAAGAAAAGAGAGUUUUUCUAAGCAGCAUGGCAGCCAGUUUGGCCAACAGACAAGCUCAGAGACAAGACUGCAGGAUGAGGACCUUCUGCAAGACCAAGGUAAAGGUCCAGCAAGCUCAGACAGACAGGAUUCUCCAGCUGAAACGAGCGAGGAGUUUGAAGUGCCGUGGUCAGGUGACCUUCUGACUUGUGACCUAAGUUGCAGGUUUAGCAGCUAUGGAGCAAGAAUUCCAGAGGACUGGAAGCGUGAGAACACUAGAUUUCCAGACUUACAUCCCAUCAUGGCAGAGAUUCAGAACCGUUGGGCUUCUCAUACUAGGAGUGCCUUUGAUGAAAGCUGCCUCAACCUGCCACAGUUUGUACAGCUCAUGGAGACAUUUGUUGGUGAAGACAUUUCUCUGCCUACUGUGAAGAGGCUUGUUGCGUUUAUCAAAGAAGAAUACAAACAGACAGAAGAGGAAAAAACAGAACAACUAGAAAAAGUUCACCGCAUAUCUCGCUUGGCCCAUCGGAAACUGCUUUUGGAGGCACUUUUUGAAAAGUGGGACAACAAUGCAUCCGGGUUUCUGGACCUGGAAGAGGUGGAUGCUGUUCUAAGCACAUUCAAGGAAGGGAUGGAAAAAGAGGCCUUGAGGAAGGCAAAGAAACACCUUUGCAGCCGUUACCCACAGCUCAGCAGAGUGGGGAAGCUAUCCCCAAAGGCAUUCCAGACUUUCCUUGAGUUAGUUGCUUCUGAGUUCCCUGGCAAUGAGGAUGAAGCUAUUGAAAACUUGGUGGAAUUUCUGACCGCAAGUGUGGAACAAAGUCGCAUGAAGUGCUUGCAAAGCUUAACCAGGAGGAAAUGGCUGUACAAUAUCCAGCAAGCAGCUGAGACCAGUGGAGCAAGCAUGGAACCAGUUUACAAAGCAGUGUUUAAGGCCCUCUCCCAGGAUGCAGAAACCCAUGGGGAUAACAAGAAGAUCAGUGCAUAUAUUGCCCUUUUGGAAGAGAACCAGCUCUCACCAGAGCAGGGACAGAUUCUCCUACACUAUGUGGCAUGUACUGCAGAUGAUGCGCCAUAUGUUCUAAACCAGAUACUUUACAGAGACAUGAAAGGAGUCAGCUUUGCAGCCGUUGAAGAGGGAAAGCCAAUCCAUGUUCCAAGAGUUCAGCUCCAUGGAAGUAUCCACUUCUGGAAUUAUGACCGCCCAGUGGAAGAGAGAAAAGGUUCACUCCUGAUACUGCCAUUGCACGAUGCUCGCUGGAGAGCCUUUGGCAUUCUAGGACUUGACACUCUUCGGGACCAAUGUGAGAAAACCAUCUUUCUGACCCAUGAGGUCAGUUUCUAUCAGGGAGUUUCUCAUGCAUUCAGCAAAGCCUACCACCAUAUCUGCACACUGGAAAAUGUUCUACAAAUGACUGUUACUGCUCUGGACUGGUUGUAUCCUAGGGCACCCAGCAUCCACACUGUCAUUACGUACCUGGUGGAACCUGGCAAAGACAAGGUAUGCAGACUGCUGCAGCGAAAAGGCCUGUAAUAGUCAGGGGCUGGAAAGCUGCUUUGGUGAGGAUAUGUAAUUUCUAGCUGCCUGUGAAUUCCCAGUGGUUUUAUCAUAAAAACUGAAGCCUGCCUGAGAUUCUUGCGCCUGCCUGUGCAACAAAAGGGCUACGAAGGGAGAGAGGGAAGUUUCCUUCUGUAAAGGAGGCCACUCUUCAGUCUUUUCAUCCUCCCAUGUAAAACAACUCAAGAGCACUGCUAGUAUAGCCCCUUCUCAAGCGGGUCCAGAGAAGGGCCACAAAGAUGAUCGGGGGCUGGAGCAUCUCCCCUAUGAGGACAGGCUGAGAGAAUUGGG